CCGCUGCCGCCGCGCCCGCCUUUCGCCACCCGCUCCGGUGCUCACGGCGGCGGCCAGGGCAGGGCAGGAGAACCGAGCCGAGCCGAGCCGAGCCCGGUUGAGCCGAGCGCCGCCGCGCCGGCCGCCCAUGUGCCGUGCGCCGCCGUCCUGACCUCACGCACAAAGGCGGGCCGGGAGGCGACGGGCCGCGCCUGGCAGCGCCGCCCAUGCACCGCGCGCAGCCCCCCGCGGCGGCUCGGCCCCGGCGGGCCAUGAGGGCGGCGUAGCUCGGACACCGCCGCGCUCGGCGCGGCCCAGCCCGGCCCGGCCCGGCCCGUCCGGGGGCAGCCGCGAACCGGCGGCGGCGCGGAAUGGCAGGAGGCGGCGGCGCCCCCUGGCGGGCGGGGGGGCGCCUCCCGGCGCUCGUGGUGCUGCUGGUGCUGCUGGUGGGGGCGGCGGGCGAGGAGAUCAACGCCGAGGCAUGGCUGCGGCUCUAUGGGUACCUGCCGCAGCCCAGCCGGCGGAUGUCCACCAUGCGCUCGGCUCAGACCUUCUCCUCGGCCCUCGCCGAGAUGCAGAAGUUUUACGGCAUUACCGUCACCGGCGUCCUGGACGAGGAGACCAUAGCGUGGAUGAAACGUCCCCGCUGUGGGGUCCCGGACCAGUUUGGGGCACGGACAAAGUCCAACAUGCGGCGGAAGCGGUACGCGCUGACGGGGCGGCGCUGGAGCCAGAGCCACCUCACCUUCAGCAUCCAAAACUACACGGAGAAGCUGGGUCGAUACAACUCGUACGAGGCUGUCCGACGAGCUUUCCGGGUGUGGGAGCAAGCCACGCCGCUGGUUUUCCGGGAGGUGGCCUACGAGGACAUCCGGCAGAAGCGGAAGAAGGAGGCUGACAUCAUGGUGCUCUUUGCCUCUGGCUUCCAUGGAGACAGCUCCCCCUUUGAUGGCCUCGGGGGAUUUUUGGCUCACGCCUAUUUCCCCGGCCCUGGCAUGGGGGGGGACACGCAUUUCGACUUGGAUGAGCCUUGGACGCUGGAGAACGCGGAUGUGUCUGGGAACAACCUUUUCCUGGUGGCUGUGCAUGAGCUGGGGCACUCGUUGGGUUUGGAGCACUCCAGCAACCCCAGCGCUAUCAUGGCCCCCUUCUACCAGUGGAUGGACACAGAGAACUUCCAGCUGCCCGAGGAUGACCUCAAGGGCAUCCAGCAGCUCUACGGUACCGCGGAUGGGCACCCUCAGCCCACCAAGCCUUUGCCCACCGUGACACCCCGGAGACCUGGCAGGCCAGACCAGAGACCUCCUAAACCUCCCCCUCCUGGGAAACCAGAGCGACCCCCCAAACCUGGCAGCCCGGACCGACCUGACCAGUAUGGCCCCGACAUUUGCGACGGGGACUUCGACACGGUGGCGGUGCUACGUGGGGAGAUGUUUGUGUUCAAGGGCCGGUGGUUCUGGAGGGUCCGGCACAACCGGGUGCUGGACAACUACCCCAUGCCCAUCGGACACUUCUGGCGGGGCCUCCCUGGGGACAUCGAUGCCGCCUAUGAGAGGCAUGACGGGAAAUUCGUCUUCUUUAAAGGUGACCGCUACUGGAUCUUCCGAGAAGCCAACCUGGAGCCCGGGUACCCACAGCCCCUGGUCACCUAUGGGCAGGGCAUCCCCUACGACAGCAUCGACACGGCCGUCUGGUGGGAACCCACAGGACACACCUUCUUCUUCCAGGGGGAUAGAUACUGGCGCUUUAACGAGGACACGCGCUCGGUGGACCCCGGGUACCCGAAGCCAAUCUCUGUCUGGGUGGGGAUCCCUCCCUCGCCCAAGGGGGCUUUCCUCAGCCCAGAUGCCUCCUCCACCUACUUCUACAGAGGCACAAAGUACUGGAAAUUCGACAAUGAGCGGCUCAAGACAGAGCCAGGUUAUCCCAAAUCCAUCCUACGGGACUUCAUGGGCUGUCACACGGAGCUGGUCCCAGAUCCCAAUCCCCGCUGGCCCGAUGUGGACCGACCCCCCUUCAACCCCGAUGGGGACGGGCGGACUGAAGGUGAGGAGGAGGAGGACGAGGAGGAGGAAGAUGAGGAUUACGAGGAGGAGGAUGGCCAGCCAGGCAGGGAUGUGGACGUGGUGGUGCAGAUCGACGAGUACACGCGCACCAUGAGCGUGGUCAUGGUGCUGGUGCUGCUGGUGCUGCUGCUCUGCAUCCUCGGCCUCAUCUACGUCAUCGUGCAGAUGCAGAGGAAGGGCGCGCCCCGAAUGCUCUUGUACUGCAAGCGCUCCUUGCAGGAGUGGGUCUGACCCUGGCUCCCUCCCCAAACCGCCCCUGCCACCAUGGUGCUAAGAUGGACCUGACACCCCCCUCCCCUUGUCCCCCACCACGGCCUCGGCUCCUCUACCCCAUUGUUGCUUGAUGGCUCCAGCCUCAGAAAAGGGGGGAUGCCCAACCCCCCCCCAGCCCCUCCAGAGCAGCCGGGCUGGGACCGGGGAUAGUCAUGGGGGGGCUGGAGGGCAUCCAGGUCCUGCCUGCUCCCCAGUGCCUGCACCUCCCCCCAGCCGUGACCCUCAGGCUGCCACCCAUCACGUGCCUGCCUCUGCCUCGGGGUCCCUGCAGGGUCCCUUCCUUCCAUGUGAGCCCGCUGGGGCUGGGGUGGUGAGCGGGCUGGGGCUGCUCACAAGUGCUGCGAGCUGGCAGGUCUCAGCCGCUGGCACCUGCAGUGGUGGGGAAGGGGGGGGCUGAGCUCAUGGCUGUGUUUCCUGUUGAACUGCGGGGAUACAGGGAUGUGGUGCCUAAAGACAGUGUGAGCUGGGAUACACUACCUUUGCAACCCCUCUGGGGCUCAGCUUAGCCCGGGCCCUGCUGCUGCCAUGGGGCAAAGCCCUGGGGCAAAGGGCAGUGGGCACGGCCGCCUUGUAUGUCUAUUAAACAGGUCGGGUGUGUGGA